AUGAAUAUCUCUCUAAAGCAUGGGAAACACGGAACACUUAACAACAUAAAAGGCGAAUAUUUCCUUUACAAUCCGAAGCAUAACUUUGUCUUCUGUAUGGUGCAGAAAGUAGGAUGCACAUUCUGGCGACGAGUGUUCCAUUUAUUGACCCACAAUGAAACUUCGAAUCUGUAUUCUAUUGAUCAUUUUAAAGUACACUCCGAAUCUAUUCCUACCCUUGGGCGUUUCAACCUCAGUGAAGCGAGAAGUGUUUUACAAUCUUCAACAUCUGCAUUAUUUACUCGAGACCCUUAUGAACGAGUGUUGUCUGGGUACUUAGACAAAAUAUUCGCGGUAAAUACUUAUUACAUGACACACCUUGGGCGACCUAUCAUCAAAAUGCUACGGAGAAAUGAAAGUAACACAACAUGCGGUCAUGACGUAACAUUUACGGAAUUUGUACAAUAUAUCUUAAAUAUGAAAAAAAAUGGUGUUGAACAAGAAAUCGACCAUCAUUUCACACCUAUGUAUACCCACUGUUUGCCAUGCGAUGUCAAAUAUGACUUUGUGGGUAGAAUGGAAUCCUUCGAUGAAGAUUCUUCUUUUCUCUUCAGAAAAAUAGGCUUAUUUCUAAACAGAACAAUAUUAAUGAAAAAGACUGAUUCCAUCAGUGCUGAUAUACGAUUGAAAUUUAGAGAAGCAUUUAAUGCUGCAAAUACAUUUUCAAAGUGUAUGACGUUGAAGGAAAUGUAUGGUAGAGUCUGGACAACGCUCCAACUCAGAGGAAUGGUAAAUCCGGAUGUUCCAAUGCCUUACUCUCCUAAUGCUACUAUGGACAUGAUACAGCAGGCGGCGGUCAGAGCUAGUGACCCGUCACGUGUGUCGGAGUUCAAACGCAGAGGAUUUAUCAAUAUGUACAAGACCUUGGACAGACGACUUUUGGAAGGACUAAGAGAAUACGUUCUUCUAGAUUGCAAGAUCUUUGGAUACAACGAUAGGCCCGCUGAAAUAUUUUCAUGA